UUUUUGUGCAAUUCAGUAAAGCGAAUACGCUCGACACAUUAGCUUUUACUAUUUGAAUUGUAUUCAGAAAGGUGAUACUUUGAAGCGAAGCAAUAACUAGGAGCAUUGUUAAAAGGAAAUGAAAUAAGUUUAUGAUGAUGAUGAAAUCCAGUCUUUUAAAAACAGGAAGCAGAAGCUUAAAACGUGAUCUUUGGGGAUCGUUGUCUCAACAGAGGAACCAUACAGUGUCAAAUCAAGAAAUCCAACACUUCGAUGCAUUGGCGAAAACUUGGUGGGAUUGGAAUGGUGAGAGUCGGCUUUUACAUUUGAUGAAUCCAACUAGAAUUGACUUUAUAUCUCAAAUUGUACGGCAAAAGACCCCGUUUGCUGGUAAACAGAUUUUGGACGUUGGAUGUGGAGGAGGAAUUCUUAGCGAAAGUAUGGCUCGUUUGGGUGCGAAUGUCAUAGGUAUAGAUGCUUCAAAGAAAGCUCUGGAAGUAGCAAAAGAUCAUUCGAAGAAGGAUCCCAGCCUACGCGACCGUCUCGAGUACAUCCAUGGGCCUAUUGAACAGCAAAAUUUUAAGAAACAGUUUGAUAUUGUCACUUGUAUGGAAGUUGUAGAGCAUGUUACGAAUCCUCGAGGAUUUCUAGAAUCAUUAAUGAACCUCGUCAAGCCGAAUGGCUAUUUGAUGCUGUCCACAAUUUCACGUACCCUCAUGGCUCGUUUUCUGACGAUCUUCUUAGCUGAAAGGGUACUUGGAAUCGUUCCUAAUGGAACCCAUAGCUAUGAAAAGUAUAUCCGCCCAGAAGAGCUCACUGAAUUCUUCCGUGAACAUCAAUGGAAAGUAAAUGAUGUUCGAGGGGUCAUGUACCAUCCUGUUCAAUCUAAAUGGGUCCUUGCAAAGCCAGGAGACCAAUGUCUGUCCUCUUUGUGCAAUUACAUGAUGUCUGCGCAGAAACCAUAACAUCCUCUAUCUACCUUUGACAAUGAUGGUUCAGUCUGUCUUUUUACAACGUUUAGAAAUUCAUUUUUGUAUUGUAAGGUAUUAAACUUGUGAUAAAAUGAAGACGUAGAAUAUCAUUAACAGUUCCAUUACUUUUCACUGAGCAGUAUUUGCAGCUUCUAAUUGUUCUUCGUCAACGAAAUUGGGAAGCUCAUUCGAUGGCUGCAAAUAACUAGGCUGUUCUUGGGCUAAUUGGUCUCCUCCAAAGGAGGCUUCUUGUUGUAAAGCUUCUAAUUCUGCAUCCAGUUCUUCUUCAUCAACAUCCACGUUUGCCGUGUUUUGCCCAAGAAUUUCAUUAAAUUCACCUGCCGUAUCCAUAUAAUCUUGGAUUUGAUCUUGUAAUCUUUCAAUUUUCUCUAUGGAGAUGUUUUUGCUUUGUGAUUUCAUCUGUCGUGCAGUAUCCUGCAUCGUCUGGACAGUAGUCAUGGUAUUCUUCAUGGACUCCGUAGUCAUGGCAGCUUGUUCCAUAUUAAAAGAUUGUUGUUGCAAUUGCUGCAAUUGGGCCUCGUACCUUUGAGAUUGUUAGUAAUGUUAUUUCUUUGCUGAUGGCUAUUACAUUUUCUUUUGCCGUAAUAUAUUCAUAGCCCGUUGCUUUAUGGUAGUUUGUCCUGGGCCGGGCCGUGUGUUUGAUAACUUCUGUUGGAAUACAGAUAAUUGAGAAUCUAACUUUGAAAUUUUCACUUCGAGUGAAUCACUUCGCUUGUCCAACUACGAACUUUGUAAGCGUUUCAUGUCUUUCUUUCAACCUCGUACCGACUCGAUUGCAUCUGUCAAUGACGGGGCAUUCCCUUGGGCCUGUUUUUUACCAAAUAGUCUGUGCAUGGCGAACAAAGUCUAUCUUCAAUGAUCGUUAGCAAAGGUCAUUCAUAAACUGGAUUUUUGAAUAGAGUUCCUCCUUGACGAAAGCAUUUCCGAAUUCAUCAGCCAUUCUAAAAGAAGAAAAACACAAGUGAAAAGGAAUGGAAACUAGGGAGAAUGGAGAAAUCACUAUCAAACUAAGCUGUAAUCAGUGAUACCAUACUCGUUUCGUCUGUUUAUUGUAUAGCCAAAUGAAAUAGCGUCUUUCCUCUAAAGCUUUCCUUAUAAGAUUUUAUUCUUCACUUACCACAAAACAAUUUACAAUUCUGAAUUACAAGUAUGAUUUCUAAAUCUAUCUCUGGCGAACUGGAUUUCCUUCUUAAUGAGUGUGUCUUGGGGUAUGGUAUGUUGGAAUGCAGUUCAACUCAUAAAAAUGUAAACAAAACAAGUUUGUUCAGGUAAAUGGCUUGCUCAGAGCUGUACAGAAUACUCUCAAUUUGUUCGAUCACAAAAUCCAUUUUUGAAGCUUUCAUUCUUAUUUACUCAACAAGGAUGGAUCCGGAACAAAAGGAGGAAGCCUAACUUUCCUUACUCAUGAAAUUUGCACCGUUCAACAAGAAUGAUCUACGAAACCAUUAUCCUUUAUAUCACUAACAUUUAUAUAUAGGCUAACCAAAAGAAGACAAGAAACACCUAAAAUGAAGGCAUUCUUAACCUAUCUCUUCUCUAAUGAUCGAUAAUUGAAAUCACUUCUGCUUGUUUAUAUUAUAAAACCAAAGUUAUUGCUUCGUAAUGUACAUUUAAUACCAAUAUGCGU